AUGACAAUGACGAACGCAAGUGAGUACAGUUCGGAACUGCUGCCGGGGACGUUUGGGUCUCGUAGUGUUGGAGUUGGAGAUGAUGGCGGUUCGAAAAAACAGGAAGAAGCAGAACAAAAGAUUGGGAAUGUGGAGGUUGGUGUUUCGAAUGGAGAAGAUGAGAACGUGCUUAUAGGAAAGACACAGGGUAAAAAGCAGCAGAGUGCUUCAGAUACACUGGGGUUGCCGCGUGCGCCAGGUAGUCUUGAUGUGAAGGGAUUACAGGAGUCUGUCGGGGACCGAUUCGUGAAGGAUCUUUCGGAUUACAAGUCUAUGGAUCCGGGUAAACCAACGGUUCCAGCAGCUGCGGUUUCAGAUCUCUUGGGGAAUGCGAGCCAUAUAGUGAGCAGCGACCAGGAGGAGGACGCGGGAGAAUCAGAGAAGAAGCGUGGCUAUGAGAAUGGGAAUGGGAACCCAGGCGAAAGUGAGAGUGAGAGUGAACGUGAAAACGAGCAUGACCUUGAUAAUGGGAACGAUGCCCAGCAGCCGACGUUGGAUGAGCCCAUACAGUUUACAAGGGUAUCUUCCAGUUCUGUUUUGAGCGGAAGCAUAUCUGAUGCAGACCGAAAUACACUAUCAAAUGACGACGACGAUGACGAUGAUAUUAGCAAUAAUUAUAACGCAGGUCCCGAUGGGAACAACAUAACUCUUAAAGAGACACCGGGAACCGUGGACUCUAUAAUUGGAGAUAAGACGAACUCUACCAUAGUGGGCUCGUCAUCACAAAAUAUCGGAAGAAUGUCGAACGGGGGCCGAGUAAUGUCGGAUUUCUCCAGUUUCGGCGCAGGUUUGGAUCUCAGCAAUGAUGUUUUGAAUUCAAAACACCAUUCAGACUCUCCAAAUGUUACAACACCCAUUACGGAAGCCAUUGGCAACAGAAACAGUAACAACAAUAGUAAUAGCAACAGCAACAGUAACAGCAACAGUGGUCUGUAUGAGACAAGAACGAACGAUGCGCUUUCGACGUCGUCGGAAAGUCUUGGUAGAACAGGCAACUCUUCUGCAGAACAGUUCAAGCAUGUGAGCACGCAUGAUGUGAUACCUGAAGAAGAGCAACCGCACACAUACCCAAACUUGGAAAAGAAAAAUACUUCCGAGGAUCAGCAACCGCUCAAGACACCGGUUAUGAUGAAUAACUUCUUUGAAAACCAGGGUCAAAGCCAGGGUCAAAACCAGAGCCAGAGCCAGAGCCAAUUUCAAACGCCGGUAACUGGGUCGCGGUCGCCGUUUAGAAGUAUUUCGUCUCCAUUCACCUCUUUGAGGAAAAACGUCAAGAGUCAACAUGGCACACCAGACCAUUCGCAAAGAAAUUCUAACUCGUCAACUUCUUCUUCUGGCGAUACAAAGAGGAAAAGUGGAGCAAAGAAGAAAGGUGUGUUUUCGACUUUUGUUCAAAACAUCAAGAGGAACUCACAUUCGGAGAAACGGUCUUCAAGUGGUGGUGGUGGUGUUAAUUCCACUGGAAGCGGGGGUUUCAAAAUCUCUACGCCUUAUGAUCCAAAGCACGUAUACCACGUUGGUGUCGAUGCGAAAACCGGAGAGUAUACUGGUUUACCAAAUGAGUGGGAAAAACUUUUGACAUCUAGUGGUAUUACUAUGAAGGAGCAACAGCAACACCCACAAGCGGUUAUGGAUAUAGUUAAAUUCUACCAGGACGUUACAGAGACGUCAGGUGAAGAUAAAGUCUUCAAAACUUUCAAAGUAGGAGGAGGGUCUGGUACCAAUAUUGCAUCUACACCCUCUUUCAGGACUCCAUCGGCAACACACGUACAAAAGUUCACUACGCCUCCACUCCAACCAAACGCGUCUUUCCUAGACAAUGUUAACGGCAACCACUACAACAACAAUAAUAGCAUCAUCAACGAGCCGGUAUACCAUAGCAACAACACCAGCAACUUACAAUCACCAUUACUUACAAACGAAUUUGGUGAAGCUGCAAACAACGAAAAGUUUAUUCCAACGAGGCCUGCACCAAAACCUCAAGGUUCUUCUUCUGUUAGCCGUAAAGUGGAGAUACCUUCUCCGAUCAAUUCGAUCACGCAUGGGACUCCAAAGGUGCAGCGCAGCGACACGUUGAAUUCGAGUAGCGGGUUCUCAUUUACGAAAAGACUAAACUCUUUCAAGAGCGAGCAACCGUUACCACCAAUUCCUAAAGCAGCGGAAAAACCUGUUACUUUACAACCAACUAGAGCAGCGCCUACUCCUCCAAAGCAGCAGCAGCAGCAUACGCCCGUGAUUCCAUCGGAACAACAAGUACCUCCACCGCCAAUUCCUGGUGGGGUGAGCAGUAGUAGUGCACACUCUUCUGGUGGUGAUGGGGGAAACACGCAAGGAGCACAAGCAAGAACGGCACAAGAAAAGAAGAGAGAAGAUAGAAGAAGGAAGAACCAACAGAUCCAGGCGAAGUUGUUGGAGAUUUGCACUGCUGGAGAUCCAAGCAAGUUGUACAAGAAUCUCAUCAAGAUUGGCCAAGGUGCAUCCGGUGGUGUUUAUACUGCGUAUGAGCUGGGCACCAAUGCGGCUGUUGCCAUUAAACAGAUGAACUUGGAGAAACAACCAAAGAAGGACUUGAUUGUGAACGAAAUCUUGGUGAUGAAGGGCAGCAAGCACAACAACAUUGUGAAUUUCAUCGACUCGUACCUUUUCAAAGGCGAUCUUUGGGUUGUGAUGGAGUACAUGGAAGGUGGUUCGUUAACGGAUGUUGUUACACACUGUAUACUGACCGAGGGCCAAAUAGGUGCUGUUUGCAGAGAAACGCUCAAGGGUUUACAAUUUUUGCACUCCAAAGGUGUUAUUCAUAGGGAUAUCAAGUCGGACAACAUUUUACUUUCGAUGAACGGUGACAUCAAGCUAACGGAUUUCGGUUUCUGUGCACAGAUCAACGAGGUGAACUUGAAGAGAACCACAAUGGUUGGUACACCUUACUGGAUGGCACCUGAAGUUGUUUCUCGGAAAGAGUACGGGCCCAAGGUCGAUAUAUGGUCGCUUGGUAUCAUGAUUAUUGAGAUGAUCGAGGGAGAGCCUCCGUAUUUGAACGAAACUCCGUUGAGAGCCUUGUAUUUGAUUGCUACAAACGGUACGCCCAAGUUGAAGGAUCCUGAGAAUCUGAGCGACACGAUGGCAUCUUUCUUGAACUUGUGUUUGACGGUGGAUCCGGAAGAAAGAGGGACUGCGCUUGAACUACUGGACCAUCCGUUCAUCACUGAAAUUGCGGAAGAAAACAUCUCUCUUGCUCCCUUGGUGAAGUUGGCCAGGAUGAAGAAGUUGGCUGAAAGCAUGGAAGAUGAGGAAGAUGAAGAGGAAGCGAGAGGCCAUGGUCAGUGA